AUGGAGAAGACUAAUUCGACAAUCUCUGAUGCUCACGAUGAGAUCGCCAUUGUGAAGGCCCCGAUAUCGCGGCCAUUCGCCGAACCAGAGCCCCACGAGAAGGCAGAUGACGAGGCAAGUCUACCCUAUUUCCUACUUCCUACCGCCCAGUACGCAGGCCACGAAGCCAUCUACAUCGACGAGAAUACCAAUCGCCAACUGUUCUGGAAAAUCAACAAGCGGAUCUUGGCAUGUAUGCUGGGCACCUACUUCUGCCAGGCUCUUGACAAGGGAACUUUGUCAUUCUCCUCUAUCAUGGGCAUCCAGGAGGACACCAAUCUCGUCGGACAGCAGUACAGCUGGCUUGGCACCAUUCUCUACAUGGGCGUCCUUGUGGGCGAAUAUCCUACCAAUUUUCUGCUCCAGAAGCUUCCAGUCGCCAAAUACCUCUCAGCCAAUGUAUUCUGCUGGGGCAUCGUCAUCGCCUGCUCCGCCGCCUGCAGAAAUUUUGGAUCCUUAAUGGCCGUUCGAUUUCUGUUGGGAGUCUUUGAAAGUUGUGUGCAGCCUUCGUUCAUCAUCAUGACUUCCAUGUGGUAUACCAAGAAGGAACAGAUGCUCCUGACGUCUCUUUGGUAUUGUAUGAUGGGAGUGCAGCUGAUGGUUGGUGGUAUUAUCGCCUGGGGUGUAUCGCACUACGUCGGCCACGAGAUAUUGCCCUGGCAGCUACUCUUCCUCGUGCUCGGCUGCCUCACCUGCGCCUGGGGCCUCUUCAUCGGAUGGUGGCUUCCGGACACGCCGAUGAAGGCCAAAUGCUUUAACGAGGAUGAGAAGCGCCUUAUGGUCGAGCGCGUCCGCGCCAAUGAGACGGGUAUUCAGAAUAAGGUCUAUAAGCGCUACCAGGCAAUCGAGGCCAUCACGGACCCGAUCGUGUGGCUCUACGUGACCCUCCAACUUACCUCGACGCUGGUCAUAGGCGGACUCGGUGUCUUUUCCAACCUUAUUAUCGCCUCAUUCGGCUUUACGUACUUGGAGACGCAGCUGCUGAAUAUUGCCCAGGGUGCUGUGACUAUUAUUGUCAUGGUCGGGUCGGCUGCUUUGUGUACGUGGACUAACCAGACCGCCUGGGUUAUGCAUGUAUGGACCAUACCUCCAAUCAUCGGAACUGCUAUAAUUUACCACAUCGAGCCCACAGCGUCCACACGCGUCGGCCUCCUCAUUGCCUUUUAUUGCAUGCAGUUCUACCUGGCUGAAGGUAACAUGAUCUUCUCUCUCAUCUCCCGCAACAUCGCCGGGCAGACAAAGAAGUCUACCACCCUCGCCAUGACCUUCAUCGCGUGGGCCGCUGGCAAUAUGACUGCGCCACAGAUUUUCCAAAGUGGCGAUGCUCCUCGCUACCACAAAGGCUUCACUGCCCACUUCUGCCUCUACGUGCUCUUCAACAUCACCCUUGCCACCACCCGCAUCAUUCUAACGAGACGUAACCACAAGAAGAGGAGUAUGGCCUCGGCAUCUUCAGAGGCUGCGCCUGUCGAUGGCGCUGCUACCAACGUGGCGGAAUCAGAGAAGAUCGGGCACUCAAACGCGUUCAAGGAUCUCACGGACACAGAGAAUCCAGACUUCAGAUAUGAUUUUUGA